AUUUAAAAUACCAAAAAGAGAGUCUACCUUUAUGCUGAUGACACAACUCAGGAAGCUGACCUGUUGGUGAAAUCCCAUUUGACCAAAAGUCAAGCGUGAGUCUAAUAUUCCGACUGGAGGCGUCUCUGUGGGACUUUAAACAUCUUCAGGUCUUUGAUGUCUCUGCUGCUCCUUAAAGGGAUCAAUGGUAACAUCUCUGGGAGACAAAAUGUCCCAGAGUCCAUCUGUGGAGGUGACAGUAUGUCAUUGACCGACCUUCCUCUGUUCAGGAGCAAAACCAGAACAAAUCUAAAGGUUGUAGACGUCUUCCAGGUUUCCACAGAGAUCAUCUGCUCUCAAAGCUUCUUCAUUUCUCAAAACAAACUCCUGUUUGGCUCACAGGUUUCAUUUCUCAUGAGCUUAAAUGUGUUUGAUAUUUGGGCUGAAUGGUGUAGAAACGGAGGAAGAUCUUUUACAUUUGAAAGAUUCUGUCCACAUGGGAGGAUGUCAGCUUUAAAUCCUGUUCCUGAGGAUCCUCAGGUGAAUCCUGGACAGACAGGAGCUUCACUCUUUCAUGAUCAGCUCCAUAAACCCUCUGAGAACCUGAAACUUCAGAACCGCCAGAGGAAGAGGAACAGAAACCUCUCCUCCUUCUCGUGUGGAGGACCUCUGCAUUCAGACGCAGCCGUCAUGUCUGCGCAGUCACUGAAGGACGCAGCCGCUCGCAUGAAGCCAGAAGAGGAGAUCUACGUCAACCUGAAGGAGCUGGUCCACCCAGAACCCGGAGGAGCAGGAGAGUCAGGUGUGAGGAACCGCCAGCAGGAACCAGAAACCGGGACUCCCCUGAAAGUGGCUGCGGUUGUUCUGGCUCUGCUGAGUUUGGUCCUGCUGGUUCUGGCGGUCUGGGUCUCGGUUGUGUACAACAGAGACUUCAGUCAGCUGUCCGGGGAACUGACCAACCGGACGGCAGAGAAGAACCAGCUGCAGAGCCGGAACCAGAACCUGACAGAGGAGGUGGAUCGUUUGGAGAGCCAGAACCAGAACCUGACAGAGGAGAUGGACCGUUUGGAGAGCCGGAUCAACAGACUGGAGAACGGUGUGAUCUGCCCUCAUGGAUGGAGGAGGUUCGGCUGCAGUUGUUAUUGGUUCUCCACGUCAUGCAGAAAUUGGCAAAACAGCCGACAAAACUGUUUAAACCAACAAGCAGACCUGGUGAUCAUCAACGGCCGAGAGGAGAUGGAGUUCCUGAAUAAACUCGGAGUUGGGCUGAAGUUCUGGAUCGGUUUACGGAAGAACUCCAUGGGAUGGACGUGGACCAAUGACAGAUCCCCGUCACCAGACUUCUGGCAGAACGGACACCCAGUGUGGAGAACCCAGUGGAACCAGCGGAACCAGCGGUACCAGGCCAGCCUUCAGGACUGUGGAGCCUUCAACAGCUUUCAGACGGGGAGUUUUUAUUAUCCAAUCAAAUCCUGGAGCAGUGAGCUGUGCAGCGCAUGUCUGCAGUCAGUCUGUGAGAAGGAAGCUGUUCCUUCUGGGCUCCUGUAGUUCCGGUUCUGAAGGCCGAGCUCAGCUGGGAUUAAGAUGUUUUGAUAAAGAUGAGGAGGAUGAAGAACCUAAAGCGUGUUCUUCGUCCUGAGCGCCGUGAACAUCAGAAAAACCACGUUUCUCUCAGAAUCACGAGGAAAACUUUUUGUGACUGAUAUGCUUUGAUCCGUGAAUCGGUUACGCUGACGAAUGUUUGAACAUCCACUCAGAUGAAAAUGGUGUUUCUAACAUGUUCUGGUGGCAUUUUUCUAAAGUUGGAGGACAUUUAUAAA